UUCUGCUCGCGUGCGCGUUCCCGAGCGACUCAAGUCUUCACGUGCCUUGUAGAGGCAGUUGUCUCCUGCUUCCUUCAAAGUUACGGGCUCUGAAACAUCCGGAGUUUGGUCGUCGCUGAUACUGGAAGUAGUCACUCUGUCUACCCUGGAGUAAAUUACGCAGCGAACAUGUACAAAUAUGCACAGUAUGGACUUUAGGAGGACGAAGUUCGGCAGAAGAAAUGGCCUUCAUGAAGCUGGAGAAUAUGAAAGGAUAAUGGAUGAGGUUUGACCAAAACCUCAUAUGCAGGACCAUAAGCAACUUUAUAAUGACUGAAAUAUUGGAUUACUUGCAGGUUUAUGAACAACCGAGUCCCAUCUAGCAAGAGAUACCAGCCAACUGAGUAUGAGCAUGCAGCCAACUGUGCCACGCAUGGAUUCUGGAUCAUUCCCAGUAUCAUGGCCAGCUCAGUGUUGUACUUCCUCUCUGAUGACCAGUGGGAGACCAUCUCUGCAUGGAUGUAUGGUACAGGUCUGUCUGGGCUGUUCAUCAUGUCCACCAUGUUCCAUACAGUGUCCUGGAAGAAAAGUCAUCUCAGGAAGGUGGAGCAGCGAUUCCACAUGUGCGACAGGAUGGUGAUAUAUUUCUUUAUAGCUGCAUCUUAUGCACCCUGGCUGAACCUGAGAGAACUAGGACCCUGGGCUGUCCACAUGCGCUGGCUGGUGUGGAUCAUGGCCUGCGCUGGCUCUGCCUAUGUCUUCUUUUUUCAUGAGAAGAACAAGAUACUAGACUUACUGUGCUACACUGCCAUGGGAGCUGUUCCUGCAGUUGUUCUUCUGUCAAUGCCUAACAGAGAGGGCAUAUUAGAGCUGUCAGUGGGCGGAGUCUUCUACUGCCUGGGAAUUGUCUUCUUCAAGAGUGAUGGCCUCAUCCCAUUCGCUCAUGCCAUCUGGCAUGUCUUUGUGGCAGUGGGGGCAGGCAUACACUAUUACGCCAUCUGGAGGUACUUGUAUGCAACGGGGACCAGCCAAAUCAAAAUAUCCAGGUGACAGAUGCUGAAGACCUGAAGUGUUCACACAUACAGGGUUUGUUGAGCUAUAAAAGACAAUGUAUUUGAUCAUGAGCUGCCUUUGCAUCCCUCUAUAUUAAUCAUAGAUGGGCAUGUUAUAGUACUGUUGUUCUAAAAUACCGGUACACUUUUAUAUAGAAGAAUUUCUGUCCUGAUAACUCAGCACUUUGUGGCCAGUCUAUUUUCACAGAUGUAGUCUUAACCUGUUGACAUAAUGUACUGUUUCAACUGUCAAUGUUUACAGGUAAAUUGUGUAUAAUACAGAAGACAUUCCAUGUCCUUUAAUAGAGCUAUCUACUGCCUUUAAACACUUGAUAUGAUAGAAGUGAAUUUAUCGGCAGUUGUUGGCAUUGAGCAGAAUUUAUGUUGAAGUAUUUUUACUACUGUGAUCUUGUAAUAACGACUAUGAACAAAAAUGUUAGAAAUGGCUUUGUAAUUGUUGCACAAUGGAUCCUCUGGGGUCGUGAGAUAGGUGGAAAGCUUGAG